AUGGACCUUCUCACGCGCCUGAUUGCAGGCUCAGGUACAUCCCCAACCAAGCAGCGCACCAACACACCUGCGGAACGCCUCGCGACUUGUAAGAGUAUCUGCAAUGCAUUGAAUCAAACCUGGCGCAACGGCAGCCUUGAACGCGAGGACGAUGUCGCCCUGGCAUACACCACGAAACUCCUCCAACGUUUGGAAACGAUCCUCCAGGACGAGUCGCGGAGAGCGGCACCUCACUCCUGCCUACGAUAUGUCACCUCGAGUCAAUCGUACAUUAUAGUCACGAAACUGGCACUCUCCUGCAGGCACGUCGACAUACUCAAGACAGCGGCGCAGUUGUUCCAUAUUCUUAUCAAUGGCGAAGCGGAGGGACUGCUGGACAGCAAACUAUUUGCGAGGUCCUUACUGGAUUUGGUCUGGUAUGCCACAAUAGGAGGAAGACUCAUUGUUGAGGAACGCUUGGAGACGGAUUUGGUUGAACUCCUGUUCGAGAUCGCUACAAAGAUCAGAUUGGACCCAGAUAUCCUGCCCGCCUGGUUCUACCCAGACCGCGAGGUACCCCAGGGCCGGAACGCUGCAGAUGACCCGAGGAAGAGUCAAUUUCCCCUGUUCCACGUGCUCGUACAAUAUGUCCACCAUGACGGCUCGGUGGGCGACUUUGCCCGCACGGCAUUACUGUACUUGACGGAAACGGCGUCGAAAUUCCGACCUCUGGAGACCUGGAUGAUUGAAAGCGAUCUAGCACCUCAGAUGGCUAGUGGUCUAGGUGCUCUAUACAGCAGGUUGAGCAGACAGUCCACGCACUUCAUCAGCCAAACAUCGACGCCUCCUAUCGUCGCUUUAUCGGACGCUCCGCAGACCACGGUUGCGCCGGCCGAAUCGCCUUCCGACGGGCAGCAGGAUCUCAAGGCUUUCUUUUCAUACCUGGCAUUUUGGCAGGAUACAUUGAGUCAUUGUAAAUCCGUUGAGGUCAGUGAUACAUUGUUGGACCAUUUUCAGGUGCUUUUUGUCCAACAGCUGCUGUAUCCUUCUCUACUCGAGUCGUCCGACGUUGAAGGUGGCUCCACUGCUGCGGUUAUAACACAUCUCUCACGGAUCCUCCUUGCUCUUGACCAUUUCCAGCUUGUGGACCGUAUUCUACGAUACCUUCUGGCUUCUCCGGCCGCUCUGCAAGAAUCCAAGGAGAAAAGCCAUCGACGGCAGCGCAUGUCUGUCAGUCGAAGGAAGUCGAUAGAUCACUUGAAGACCAUGGCGGAGUAUGCUGAUAGCCCUUCACCGAACCUCUUCAACCUCCUCGACUUAAUGGAAAUAAGCCUGAAAUCAAGUCAUUCGGAGACUGUUAGUGCUUGCCUCAAGCUGCUGUCUGUUCUCCUCCACAAACAACAUUAUCAUGUUGCUGUUGCUCCAAGCCUAUUCAAGCUUGAGCCUGCCCCAAACGCUGCUGGUCGAUAUGGGGUUGACGAGUUUAACAGUCAGCUUUGCAGACUGUUUGACGAGGCAGCAGCCAUAGCCACCCAUGAGGACAUGGACGGAUCCUAUCAGGCUGCUUUGUUGGAUGCUCAGACCCUUCUGGAGCAGCAUAGCUGUUAUCUGACGCGCGAGCCAGAUACUGAGACGUCAGACAGGCACAUGCUGUCCAUCGGCCGGAAUAGCAGGCUUUACGACGCCUUGAUCACUUUACUGCAGAACUUCUUCGCCAACGACACUGUCACUAAUCUCUACCUAACGGAAUUUUUGAUAUCCAUGGCCGCGUGCGAGCAAAUAGAUCUCCAUUCUUGGCUCCUUCCAUCCCAAAAGGGAGGUUCCAUCGAAGAAGAUUCUGCAGACAAUACCACCUUUGUUCUUGGGGAAUUGGUCGAACAAGUCAGGCAGUGGCGGUCUCAGUUCCCUCAAUGGGAUGACUUGAUUCAGGAAAGAAGAUUGGAACUGUUGGAAGAGGACCGGCAGAGCCGACAAACAAAAGAUGCAGGAUCGAAGAAGAGGGGAGAGUCGCCCAGAAGCUCCAACUCUCCUCUGCCUCCGCGACCGUCAACUCCAAGAGGAAGCAGGAUCAUCACGACAGAGUUUGGUUCAAUAGGCAGUACGUUGUCGAAGGCUGGGAGUCCAAAGGCACCCGCUGCGGAACGUGCAAGCAGUCGAUCGUCUUUCCGCCGACCAUUACAACCUGCAGAGGCUAAUGUGCAAGGAAAUGAUGCUGCUGCACAACAACAGUUGUCCGCUUCAAGCUCGUUACUAAAGACACAAGUCACCUUAAUGAGCCUAAGACCACCCGAAGAGGCUUCGGCAUCCUUGCCCCUCCACGCUGGACGCCAGCAAUCUCCCACUCCCCAGCCUGGCUUGCGUGUUGCUACUGUGAGCAACGAAGACUCGGGGACUGUCACCCCAGGUGGUGAGGGCGCUCAAGCAAUACGAACUCAAGCCAGUCUGAGUCAUAUAAUGACGAACGCCAUCAUACUUCAAGAAUUCAUUCUUGAAAUCGCCGCCGUGGUGCAGCUGCGGGCAACUUUCUUCGACGAAGUCCAAUUCAAGGCUCCGACUACUGAAUGA